CUCAAAGUAAACAAGAUGGAAGACAACAGCGGCGUCUUUGCGGGAGAAACCGUGGAAGAGUUUCGCACUUAUGAGGACUUCUUAGAUUCUCAGAUAAAACCUCUGGAUUUAUUUUACCUUGAGGAUCAGGAACUGGCCCGCCAGCUGGUGGAGCUGGGCCACAAGGCUAGCAGUUUGGAGAGGGAGGAAUUUGAGACAAGGAAAGCAGCUGCCGAGGCCUUCAGGCUUGCUUCAGGGAGCCAACAGAAGAAGCUGGCAAGUACAGGAAAGGAACUCAAAGAUAACUUCCUGAGAGCCCUGGCGGAGCGGGAGGAGGCUAACCGCAGUGGGGAAAUGACUUCCAUCAUUUUCAUAAGGGACCGAAAUUCUCACGGACAGGAAAUAUCUGGGUAUAUAGACUACUCCCACCGACUAAAAUCUGAAGACUUUGAACCAUAUUUCAGCGGAAAGAAAAGGCUUAUGCCAAAACCAACUGACUUAAGCUUCUACAACUGGGGAACACAGGUGGCCAAACAUAAUGCCAGCUCAAACUAUGAGGUAAUCACAGAGAAUCCAAGCGGCCUGCUCUUCAAGUGCAAGAACGACAGGAAAACCUUGAAUGUUGACCCAGAGGCAGCACCUGGCGAUAGCUCCGUCCGAACUCCUGUCCAAUGUGACCUAUAUGUGCAUGUUGUCAUUUAUGACCACGUCACCAGAAAACCCGCAACCAGUUCCUGUGCACCGCUCUCCAAUUAAAUGUAUUAAAAAGCACUUGGAGCCUCUAAUUUCAUCUACAUUAAAGCAGUUUUAAUCUUAUAUAUUUCUGACUUCAUAUUGUGCACAACAUCUGGAUGCGUAGAAUGGCAUAAGCACUGCAUUUGGAUC